CAAGCUUUCAUACGCAUAUAUUGGAUUUAUUCUAUCUUUUAUAUCAUUUCAUCCUUCACCUGCAAAAUAAAAUGUAUAUUAUUAAUACAAUUCCAGGUGGAUACGAUUCGAGUGGUUUUGAAGAAGGAACUGGACAUGCCGAUAAUCGAGAUAUCAGAUCAGAACGCGAAAUUGGAUGGAGGCGAUGUUCUUUUUACUGGGCAAGAAUUUUUUGUAGGAAUAUCGGAGUGGACGAAUGAGGGAGGCGCCAGGGCCGUCGCGGCCGCGUUUCCCGAGUACCCGUGUACUCCAAUAAAGGUAAAACCUCAGACAUUGAUUCUCGGUGACCUAACAAACGGGGUGCUUCAGGUGCCGUCGCCGAAGAAGCUGAAGCACUUCGUGACGGUCGGUGGGCCGUGCCUGCUCUGCGUCGGCGAGGGCAAAGAGGCCCAGGAGGUGCUCAAGAGGAUGGAACGCGAGGCCACCUUCAGCUACCAAACGCUGACGUUGCCCGAAGACGAGGCAGCCAACGUGAUCUAUCUGAACGGGACUUUGGUGCACAGAUCUGCGGAGGAGAUACCCAAAUCCUUCCAAGUAUUCAGCAAUAAGAUAAACUUCACGAAGAACGUGAACAUCUCGCAAUUGGCGAAGACCUCUUGCGGACUCUCUUCCAGUUGUUUGCUAGUCAGCCGGCUGCGCGUCUGCCGCAACCUGUAAACGUGCUCACCAUCAUCAUCCUCGAUACACACCACCACCUCAGGUCUUCAUCUAAUGAAAAACACACACAUAAACAAAAAAAUAAUAAUUCUAUUGAAAAAAAUAUAUAUAAGGAGAGACGAGAGAAAAAGGACCACUUUCAAAUUAUAUUCUAUAAUAUUAUAUAAAUGUUAGAGAUGUUAUACAUAUAUGUGAUCCCAAUUUACAUACUGGUCCUCGCUUGAGAAACGUUACAUUCAAACAGAAAAAGAAUAUUUAAAAAAAAACAAGCACACGCGGCUUUCCCACUGCGGACGCUUCGCAGCUAAGAAAAACAAAGAAAUUCGAAACGCGAG